AUGACAGAAAAAGCAGAAGAUGAAGAAGAGGAGGAGGAGAGUUGUUAUCAGCCAACAUCUGCAUCGACCAGCUGCACCUCAUCAGGGCUAGCAGUCACUGCCGAGGAUCUAGCAGAUCGAGUAGCUAAUGUAUCGCUAGGCGGUAGCGAUGUGCCGAAGCAGGAAACUGCAGAUCGGAAAGCAUGGCUUUCAAAACGACAGCGAAUUGCCAUCGAAAACAGUUGGAAGCGAGCUACUAAAAGCGAUGCGGAUAAGUACGUUGGUAUCCAAAUAUUCUUUCGAAUAUUAGCAGCUCGACCAGAAAUUAAGCAUAUUUUUGGGCUGCAGAAAAUUCCGGAUGGCCGUUUGAAAUAUGAUCUUCGCUUUCGACGUCAUGCCGUUAUCCUUACAAAAACAUUCGAUUACAUUGUUAAAAAUCUCGCCUAUAAAGAGAAACUUCAGCAGCACUUUCAGGUUGAUGCUGUGUUGCAUGUCCUACACUUCAUACCUCAUUAG